AUGGCUUUCAAAGACGAAUCAUCAGGCAUCGCAGCCUCAGUGUUUCUUGCAAUCUACUCUAUUUUCGCUCCAUUCAUGUGUUUUGUCAUCCUUAAAAGAGGAAUCAGAACCGUUUACGGGUUUAUUUGGUUUUUCGCCAUAGUGAGAUUUGGCGGACAGUUGUGUGGUGUUGUUCAUUCCAUUUUGGGUCCCCAAUACUGGAAAUGGCUCAUUGCCUACCUUGUGUUAGGUGCUGAAGGUUAUUUCGCAUUGAUUCUUGCCAGUUUCCAUACAAUUUGCAAGGGCCAGAAAUACGCCUUAGGUACCUCAUGGCUCGAACAGACUGGUCCCUCUACUUUUAGUAAUGGACUUCCAAUUGUCAGCCGUUUGACCAAAACUUGGUCUGCACUCUUCAAGACAGUGCUUAUCCCUGCCAAUGUAUUGGUGAUCAUCAGUGGAGUUAUCCUUUCUGGAAUCUCCACCGAAGAUGUCAAUCAGCAGUCUACUCUGCUUAAAGAGUCUAAGAAGCUCCGUACCAUUGGCCAAGCAAUGUUUUUGGGCCUUAUGAUGGUGUCGGCCGUAACCAACCAAUAUGUGAUGUGGGUGCAAGGUGUACGCAACAAAUAUACCAUAGCAACCACACUCGCCACACCAUUCUUGCUUGUGAGAGGAACAUUUGGAAUUUUGUCAAUCUUUCUCACCUCAAUGAACUACUUCAACGUGCAAAACACCGUGGGUAUGAAGACUUCCGUUGUAAUCUUCGAAUAUACAUUGGGAACCACCAUGGAGCUCUUGGCUGCUUGGAUAUUGGUGUCGCCAUUUUUCACCGAAGGCAAAAAAAAAACAAUGAGUCUGGGCAAUGCUAUUGAAGACACGAGAUCAGAAGAAGAUCACAAGAGGGAAUGGAACUAA